AUGCUCCUUGCAGUGGAUGCUCCUUGCGGUUUGGUGCCCCUCCGGGCCCCGACACCCCCCGGGCCCGCCGCCCCGUGUGCCAACUCCGGGGCCACCGACCCUCCGGGGUCCCCGCUGCCCCCCCUCCAUCCCCGCGCCCAGCCGCCCCUCUUACCCGGGCCGUCGGGGCCCGCCACGGCCCGGGGCAACCGCCAGGGGGCGCGCCCGAGCGGAUCACCGAGCCGCGGGCCGAAGCCUAGAGCGGCCCCCCCCCCGACCCCGGACCCGGCGGUGGCGCCCCCUGGAGGGAGGCCGGAGGAACGUCCGCCGGGGAACGACCAUAGAGAAGCGCGGUUCCAGAAGCGCGCCGAGCGCCGCGCUCCCCCCUACGUCACUUCCGGCGGAAGCGCCCGCCCGCGGCUGGUGCCCUUCUGCGGCGCAUGCGCGACUCCUUCUUCUUCCCUCCUGCUUGUCGUGGUUGUCGUCUUCGUCGUCCUCGUCCUCCUCAUCGCGGGGACCACCAUGGCGGCGGCCGGAGUCCUAGCCCGAGCCGGGCCCCACGUCCUCCAAACCUGCCGCGCUUCCCAGUUGAUCCAGUCGUUUCUGAAACCGGCCCCUCUCCUCCUCGGACCCCGGCCGAGCCCCACCCAGGCGCCGCUCCCCUCCCGAGGCCUUGCGGUCGAAGCCAAGAAGACGUACGUACGGGACAAACCUCACGUCAACGUCGGCACCAUCGGUCACGUCGAUCACGGCAAGACCACCCUGACGGCGGCCAUCACGAAAAUUCUGUCUGAGGGCGGCGGUGCCAAGUUCAAGAAAUAUGAGGAAAUUGACAAUGCACCGGAGGAGAGAGCCCGGGGGAUCACCAUCAAUGCAGCCCAUGUAGAAUACAGCACUGCUGCCCGCCACUAUGCCCACACUGACUGCCCUGGGCACGCCGACUACGUUAAGAAUAUGAUCACAGGCACAGCCCCGCUGGACGGCUGCAUCCUCGUGGUGGCCGCCAACGACGGACCCAUGCCCCAGACCCGGGAGCACCUGCUGCUAGCCAAACAGAUCGGGGUCCAGCACGUCGUGGUGUUCGUGAACAAGGCGGAUGCCGUGCAGGAUUCCGAAAUGGUGGAGCUGGUGGAGCUGGAGAUCCGGGAGCUGCUGACGGAAUUUGGCUACGACGGGGAGAAGACGCCCGUCAUCAUCGGCUCUGCUCUCUGUGCCCUUGAGCAACGGGAGCCGGAGCUGGGGGUGAACUCCGUGCUGAGACUACUGGACGCCGUGGACACCCACAUCCCCGUGCCCACCCGGGAUCUGGAUAAACCUUUCCUGCUGCCCUUGGAAUCCGUGUAUUCCAUCCCAGGCCGAGGCACGGUGGUGACGGGAACGCUGGAGCGUGGGACGCUGAAGAAAGGAGACGACUGUGAGUUUUUGGGCCACGGCAAGAACCUUCGUUCUGUGGUCACAGGAAUCGAGAUGUUCCACAAGAGCCUGGACCGGGCGGAGGCCGGGGAUAACCUCGGGGCCCUGGUGCGAGGGCUGAAGCGGGAGGACCUGCGGCGGGGCCUGGUCAUGGCCAAACCGGGCUCCAUCCAGCCCCAUCAGAAAGUGGAGGCUCAGGUCUACGUUCUCAGCAAGGAGGAGGGGGGCCGCCACAAACCUUUCGUCUCCCACUUCAUGCCGGUCAUGUUUUCCCUCACGUGGGAUAUGGCCUGCAGGGUCAUCCUGCCCCCGGGGAAGGAGAUGGCCAUGCCCGGGGAGGAUGUGUCGCUGGCUCUGGUCCUGCGCCAGCCGAUGAUCCUUGAGAAAGGUCAGCGCUUCACCCUCCGCGACGGGAACCGCACCAUCGGCACGGGCUUGGUCACGGGGACGCCCGCCCUGACGGAGGAGGACAAGGGCUACAAGUGGAGCUGAGGCCCCGGACUCCUUCCUUCUCUCCCUGCCUCCCUCCCGGCCCGGCCCGGCGGCAGCGAGCGGGACCGGGCGUCCCCCCCUCCGUCCCGUCCGUGGAGAUGAGCCGCUUCCACUACUCUUGAUCAGGGUGACCCGAGAUGGGGAAGGUGUCCAAACCAGAGUCUGAUGGGGUGGACAAAAUAAACUUGUGAAUGUGA